CUAGUCUGGUUUGUCGCAUAAACACAAAAAGAUCGCCAGAACAACUGAUUUUACUUUGCUCAUGGAAUUUAAUUCAAAAAUAUUAAGAACUAAAGACUUUUGCUGCACAUUAAGUGGUGUUCUCUGUACAUGAUGUAAAGUCGUGAUAUUAUUAUGUAGUACGUAUUUAGAAGUUUUGAUAGUAUCUCUAGUAACAACUCAUUAACUAUGAACAGGAUGAUCAAAGAAAUCGCGUAAAGAUAUGUCUUCUGAACAACAUAAAGAGAGUAGAAUGAGUAGCACCCUGAGUGCCCUUGGCGGUGGCGAGGCGUGUGGUGCGCGAUGGACCCUGGGUGCUCUGCUCCUUGCUCCUCUUGCAGCAGCAAACUCCAGUUAUUGCGCUGUACCCGCUAUUAUUCUGUUAUCUGCUUUCGCAGUCAUUGCCACUUUAACAUGUAAAGACCUUAAAAAGCUAGCAGAAAUUCUUCCGCCACCGAAAACUGUGAGAGGGAGACGCGAAAGGAAUCUGCGUUCCUUUGCCGAUUUUAUGGCAAUGUGGAUGACAUUUCUAUCACAUUUGGUAGCAGUAGCUAUAUGUGCGAGGAUAUUAAGUGCAACUGCCGAUCAUGUUACCGGAGGUCGCACCCGACGAUGGUUAUUCGGGUAUGAAACGAGAGCCCUGGGAGAACCAUGGCCUGAUGUACUGGGAGUGACCGUGGUGAUCGUCGUCUGUGCUAUGUUCAUGUGUGGACUGGAAGAAAGUAUGAUGUUCACGUUCAUGUUAUUGAUACUCCUGUAUAUAUUCAGUCAAUUUUUCGCCAUAUUUGGACUUAUAAAUCUAGAUAUCGCCAAUAUAAAUAUGCCUAUUCCUAUAUCCAUUUAUGAGCUUUUUGCAGCAGGUUCGCCGGUUUGCUACGCUUUUAGUGUUGUUUUACCAAAAGAAAGUGGAACUCUUAAGAAAAAAAUGUUCUUGACAACAGGAUUGCCUGCAAUAGUUUUAACGGGGUUAUGUUUUCUAUACACCAACAUGUUAAAAGGGAGCAGUGUUGACGCCGCUCUACCUAUUACGACACUGGUCGAGGCAAGAAGUGCGGGUUGGGUGUGUCCCGUACUAGCUGCCGUCACUGUAGCAGGAGUAUGUCUUUCUUUGACAGAACUAUGUCCUUUACUUUUCACAGUAUUGGUAGCUUUAGCAUCACCAGAGUGGAAGGUUCUGACUAGAUCAAUGACGUACGAAAGUACUUCGACUGGGAGUCCGGUCCUAGCGGUUUUCACGGCCGGAAGUCUGGCAGCUAUACUGGCAUUCGCUUGUCCGUUGUCUCACAUGAUUACUCUUAUGAACGCAAGUCACUUACUUAGUAUCUCUAUCCAAGCGUUCCAUCUUAUGGUUAUGCGUUGUGUACCGACACUUGAACAAAAGGAGGCUGGCGACGUAGAGUACAAACGCCUGGGAAGAGAUGCUGCUCCUCGUGGAUCUAAAUCAACAUCUAGUAGAGGCAGAGGUAGUUUAUGGUUCAUCCCUUCCGCUAUACGACACACUAAGACUCUUGAAAGCAUUAAGUCAAAAGUAAUUUCAAAAGAAACAGAAGAUCGAGAAUGCCUUCUGUUAGAUGAAUAUGCGGGCUGUCCUUCAGAAGAUCCAAUCUCUUGUAGCAGUGGUACUAGAAAAAUUGCAACAGAGGACUUGGAUGUCGUACCUUCAGACGCCGAAGCGAGCGAAGGAGAAAUUACCUCAGGAGAUGAUUCUACCGACAUUGAUGCAGUUGUUAAAGAGUAUAGAGAUAGAAUACAGGUUGUAACAUCAAUACCGGAAGCGAGUGCGCCUUCUCCUCCAUGUGCGCGAGGUGCACGAUGGUCUGCAGCAGGUGCACUGAUUCAAAUUGUAGCCGACGCAUUCCUGGCCGCUGGUUUUUGCAGUCAAGAUAUUAGACUACCAAUGUUCGCCACUGGACUACCACUUUGGAUAUGUGGCACCUUUAUAUGCAUGUAUCAACCAUCUCAUAAGUUAGGGAUGAGUAAAAUUCAGUACAUUCAAGGGCCAUUAACGAUGACGACAGCUUUACUCUUUCUGACACCGCUCCUUUUAGAUUCCUGGCCAGCUAUUACUCUUUUCGCGGGAGCAGGUGUGGUAAUAUACGCUCGCUGUGAACGCUGGUGCGGGGACCUUGCAGUGCAACAAGCCCGUAGUGCCAUAGAGCGACGCAAGCUGCGACACGUCGCCUCCACAGUGCCUCUCACCGGUGCUCGGCUUGCGCAUAUAGAUACUGUAUUUAUAACCAGAUGACAUGAGGAUGACUCGGAUACGAGUCUUGACAAUUUAUUGGAAAAUGAUGACGAGGAACCGGAUCCUGACGUCGAAUGACAGUCAGCCGAGGCUGUCAUCAUCAUCACCACAUAAAUUUCUCAUAAUGUGUACGUCUUUUCAAGAGUGUGUGUGAUGGGUGACAAGCGAAAGCAUAUUAAUGUGAUAAAAUGACAUUUACUCACAUCAAUAUACGUACAGUCAAUAAAAUGUGCAAUUAAAUUUAGUGAUACUAUAGUACCACGUACUCAUGCAACGCAUUGUGACUUAUGAAUCCUUAAUGUGAAAAGAGAUGAUUUAGAAAUAGAACAUCUCAUAAAAUUAUAGCGUCGAAUCUACUUUUUCUUAAAAUCACAAUUUUUUUUGGAUUUCCUUAUAGUUUUUCUCUUUUCUUAGGAUCUUGACCUCUUAAACUUUAGUAGCUGUAAUCUUAUCUGAAACAUGGUCGUUUAAAUAAGUGUAUUGUUUUAGUAACCAAUUACAAUUUGAGUAGUUGAGAUCGUAUUCGUAAGAUUCGUAAUAAAACUGGGUAGGACUAAGUAGUAUUUGCGUGACAAGAAAAUCCUCAAAUACCUACGUGUUUCAGUUUUAUUAUUACUACUUGACGUGUGCUACAAUAACGUAACCUUUUCUUACAUACCAUUCACAAUAAAUAUAUUCUUUUAAAUAAAUAAAAAAACUCACCUUCCAUUUUCAAAAAUUGAAAUGAAUUAUUCCAUGUACCUUGGAGAAGUAGCUGUCAAAUUUAGUUUGUCUAAUUGCCGCGGUAUAUUUUUGGUAAGGAGAAGCUUAAUAACUGUUAGAUCGUUUCAGAAAUUGCUUAAAGAAACGAUAUUUUUUUUCUAAGUUCAGAAAAAUAUGUGCACGACUAUAAUGACUGAAGUACGUCAAUAUUGAUAUAACCUUAUUUAAUUCACCAAUGUUUUUAUUUCUUGAGGAACCAAUUUCGUAAGAUUUUGAGUAAUAAUUACGAUAAACGUCAAAAAGAUUGAUGAGAGAAUGAAUUACAGGCCAAAAAAAUAUACUUAAACUAGCAGACCCGGCCACACGUUGCUGUGGCUAAGGUUUUUAUUUCUAAAUAACACGUGGCCGGCUAUGCUAACACCAAAAAUUAACAAAGUAAGAACAAUUGGAUUUCACUGUAUUGCGUUUACUACGAAAUAAAUUUCACUUAUAGUUUAGCCUCAGCAACACAUUGUGUUUAAUUGUUUUUCCCAUUAAAUUGUAGCUUAUGUGAAACUUUGCUAUUUUAACACAGCGCUAUCUAUGAGAUAUUAAUGUCAGACAGUAUUACAAUUGUCUGUAAAACUUAUUUAAGGCGCUAUCUGUUUUAGACUUAUAAAACUUACAAUUAAUAACAAUAAUCAACAUAAAUCAUUUUAUUGUUAAUUAAUAAAUAUUGCGACGACAUUAAUCGAAAUAAAAACCAUCCUGUGGCCUAAGUUGGAACAAAACACAUAUUUAAAAAAAAAGGUAAAAUCGGUUCAGUAGUUUAGAUGUACAUCGCGGACAAACAACGUGACGCGUAAUUUAUAUAUAUUUAGAUAUCCCUGCCCCUGUUUCUGCGCCAUGCAACAUUGAUUUGGUUUCGUUUUGAAGAGUAUAGGAUAGAUGUUGUAAAAAUGUAAUGUCGACUUUCAACUUUGCUUCAAUUCAAUUCGGAGGGGCAAUUACGUUGUGGUGUCUAUAGACUUGGUAAUUACUUAAACAGGUUAGCUAUGAGUUAGUCUGUUCCCUAAUCUUGGCUAACAAAAAAGCCUAAUGUUUUUUUUUACAUUUUAUUGAAUAACAUAACCAUAAAAGUUUUGCGGAAUGUAGGUUUUCAAUUAAUUACUUAAAAAUAUAUAUAUUUCUCUAAUAUUUAAAUUAUUUAUAGGUUAUUGAUAUCUUCAAGCUAAGAAGCAUCUUUUAAGUUAGAAAAAAUCCUUUUAAGGCUAAACCUUGUGUUGUGAUGAUACUGCGACGUCCAAAACCGGCAAUACCAACGUAAUGUAUAUUAGUUCAUUCAGCACACGAUUCUAAUGUUUCAUAUUUCAUCAUAUAUUGCUAUUUACCAUAUUAUAUGGCGCGACCAAAUCUCAGAAACAAAUAUGAUCAGCAAAGACCGCCCUCGACCCAUCGUUUAUUGUAUACUGUCCCGAAAUUUGUAGAUAUUCUUAAUCGUUAAAUUAAAACAAAUACAGACAACAUAUCGUUCUAGUAUUUGGCAACGAAGUCCCUGACUUUUAAGUAUCUUGAGGCAUGUCAGUACCCUACAGUGUCUCCUUGUGUAACAACGCCAAUGACCUCUUCCCGGGUCUAGUUAGAAGAGUUACGAGUGAUCUGUUAUUGACACAAAAUUAUCAAUCUCCAUAAUGUCCUCGCAGAAUUAACACUACUAGUCGGCAGAAACCACCAACUACCUUGACAUGAACAGUUUGUUCCCGACCUUCCCCUAAUAUUUAGGGUAUCCAGUAUGCCAGUAAUUACAAUUUGCUUAUUACUUUACACAGAGUUUUCUAAGGCAACGAAUAUUCCCAGAGAUAUUAAUUUCCAUACAAAAACUAAACUAACUAUACAGAAAUUAUGUUCCCCAAAAUACGAAAUAGUGGGAUUCAAGAAUUUAUAUACCGACUUAGUUUGGAGAGAGUUUGAUUUUCCUCGAGUAUACUUAUGAUAGCUGGGCAGAAGAUCAAAUAUUAAAAAUAUUUUUAUAGGUAUUUAAAGUAUUCGUUUUUAAUUCUAGAAACUCUGAGUUUAAAAAGGUUCUCUGAACACACAAACUAUUAGUAAUGAAAAUUUUAUAAAUUUUGAAAUGUAAUCGCUUAAUUUGAUCAUAAAAGGAUUUAUGAUUUAAAAAAAAUACGGCGAUUUUUCGUUUUACCGGCUUUCACUUCAACACCCAAAAUCAUUAAAAGUUUAUUUGUAUUCAUUUAUUAUUUUAUAUAUGUAUGUAAAAAACUAUUAUAUAAAUACAUAUUUUUGUACACGUUUUAUGAUGUGGUGGCAUUUUAUAUAGAGAAGAAAAAUAAUCGUUCUAAAAUUUAAGAAAAAAGCUUUUGUCAGUAUUUAUCGUGCUUCAAACUCAAUAGGCCUACAUAUUAUAAUACAAUAAAUCAAAUGAUAGUAGUUUUAAGUUAUUUGUUAAAACUUAAUCGCAAUAAAAACUCGCUGUCUUCGAAUAAA